AUGGAGUGCGCCCUCCUGCUCGCGUGCGCCCUCCCCGCCGCCCGCUCGGGCCCGCCGUGGGGGCCGGCGGGACGGGGGCGCGUGGCCAAGGCGCUCCAGCUCUGCUGCCUUUGCUGUGCGUCGGUCGCCGCAGCCUUAGCCAGUGACAGCCGAGGCGGCGGCGGCAGCGGAUUAAACCACGAUUACGUCUUUGUCACGCCGGUAGAAGUGGACUCGGGCGGGUCAUAUGUUUCACACGACAUUUUGCACAGCGGCAGGAAAAAGCGGUCGGCGCAGAAUGCCAGCAGCUCCCUGCAUUACCGAUUUUCAGCAUUUGGACAGGAACUACACUUAGAACUUAAGCCCUCGGCAAUCUUGAGCAGUCACUUUAUUGUCCAGGUACUUGGAAAAGAUGGUGCUUCAGAGACUCGGGAACCCGUGGUGCCAAGAUGUUUCUAUCAGGGAUUUAUCAGAAACGACAGCUUGUCCUCCGUCGCUGUGUCUACAUGUGCCGGCUUGUCAGGUCUCAUAAGGACACGAAGAAAUGAAUUCCUCAUCUCGCCAUUACCUCAGCUCCUGGCCCAGGAACACAACUACAGCUCCCCUGCAGGCCACCAUCCUCACGUGCUAUACAAAAGGACGGCGGAGGAGAAGGUCCAGCGUUGCCAUGGCUACCUGAGCUCCAGCGGGAACUCUGCUGGUCACCCCCCAAGUCGCACUCCCCACACAUCUUGGAGUCCAGAAAGAAAACAUCACCACGGAAGGUUGCAAAAGCAGCAUUUUUGUGGACGACGCAAGAAAUAUGCCCCUAAGCCUCCCACAGAGGAUACCUAUCUCAUGUUUGAUGAAUACGGGAGCGCAGGGCGGCCCAGAAGAUCAGCUGGAAAGUCACACAAAGGCCUAAACGUGGAAACCCUUGUGGUAGCAGAUAAGAAAAUGGUGGAAAAGCAUGGCAAGGCCAACGUCACCACGUACAUUCUCACGGUCAUGAACAUGGUUUCCAGCCUCUUUAAAGAUGGGACCAUUGGAAGUGAUAUAAACAUAGUUGUAGUCAGCCUCAUUCUUCUGGAACAAGAACCUGGAGGACUAUUGAUCAACCAUCAUGCAGACCAAUCUCUGAAUAGUUUUUGUCAGUGGCAGUCUGCCCUCAUUGGAAAGAAUGGGAAGAGGCAUGACCACGCCAUCUUACUCACGGGAUUUGAUAUCUGUUCCUGGAAGAACGAACCAUGUGACACUCUAGGGUUUGCUCCCAUCAGUGGAAUGUGCAGUAAGUACCGAAGUUGUACCAUCAAUGAGGACACGGGACUUGGCCUGGCCUUCACCAUCGCCCAUGAGUCAGGGCACAAUUUCGGCAUGGUUCACGAUGGGGAAGGCAACCCCUGCAGGAAAGCGGAAGGCAACAUCAUGUCUCCCACGCUGACCGGAAACAAUGGGGUGUUCUCGUGGUCCUCGUGCAGCCGGCAGUACCUGAAGAAAUUCCUCAGUACACCUCAGGCUGGGUGUCUGGUGGAUGAGCCCAAGCAAACAGGACAGUAUAAAUAUCCGGACCAACUACCAGGACAGAUUUAUGACGCUGACACACAAUGCAAGUGGCAAUUCGGAGCCAAAGCCAAGCUAUGCAGCCUUGGUUUUGUGAAGGACAUUUGCAAAUCGCUUUGGUGCCACCGAGCGGGCCACAGGUGUGAGACCAAGUUCAUGCCUGCCGCGGAAGGGACCGUUUGUGGCUUGAGUAUGUGGUGUCGGCAAGGCCAGUGUGUCAAGUUUGGGGAGCACGGGCCUCGGCCCAUCCACGGCCAGUGGUCCGCCUGGUCGAAGUGGUCAGAGUGUUCCCGAACGUGUGGUGGAGGCGUGAAGUAUCAGGAGAGACACUGCAAUAACCCCAAGCCUCAGUAUGGUGGCAAGUUCUGUCAUGGCUCUAGCCGUGUAUAUCAGCUGUGCAAUAUUAACCCUUGUAAUGAAAAUAGCUUGGAUUUUCGAGCCCAGCAGUGUGCAGAAUAUAACAGCAAACCUUUCCGUGGAUGGUUCUACCAGUGGAAACCCUAUACGAAAGUGGAAGAGGAAGAUCGAUGUAAGCUGUACUGCAAGGCUGAGAACUUUGAAUUCUUUUUUGCCAUGUCCAGCAAGGUGAAAGACGGAACUCCUUGCUCCCCACACAAAAAUGAUGUUUGCAUUGAUGGGAUUUGUGAACCAGUGGGAUGCGAUCAUGAACUUGGCUCUAAAGCAGUUUCAGAUGCCUGUGGUGUUUGCAAAGGUGACAAUUCAACUUGCAAGAUUUAUAAAGGCCUGUACCUCAACCAGCACAAAGCAAAUGAAUAUUAUCCGGUUGUCACCGUCCCACCGGGCGCCCGCAGCAUCGAGGUCCAGGAGCUUCAGAUAUCCUCCAGUUACCUCGCCGUCCGAAGCCUCAGUCACAAGUAUUACCUCACGGGGGGCUGGAGCAUCGACUGGCCAGGGGAGUUCGCCUUCGCGGGGACGGUGUUUGAGUACCAGCGCACCUUCAACCACCCAGAACGCCUGUCCGCGCUGGGACCCACCAAUGAGACCCUGGUCUUUGAAAUUCUGAUGCAAGGCAAAAAUCCGGGGAUAUCUUGGAAGUAUGCACUUCCCCAGGUCGUGAAUGGAACUCAGCCAGCCUCAGAAAGACACAGCCACACCUGGAGCACAGUGCAGUCAGAUUGCUCCUUCUCCUGUGGUGGAGGUUACAUAAGUGUCAAGGCCAUUUGCUUACGGGAUCAAAACACUCAAGUCAAUUCCUCAUUCUGCAAUGCGAGAGCCAAGCCAGCAACUGAACCCAAAAUGUGCAAUGCCUUCUCCUGCCCUGCCUACUGGAAGCCAGGUGAAUGGAGCGUGUGCAGCCGGUCAUGUGCGGGGGGCCAGCAGAGCCGGAAGGUCCAGUGUGUCCAGAAGAAGCCCUUCCAAAAGGAGGAAGCGGUGUUGCAUUCUCUCUGCCCAGUGAGCACACCCACUCAGGUUCAAGUCUGCAACAGCCAUGCCUGCCCUCCAGAAUGGAGCCCUGGGCCCUGGUCUCAGUGUUCUAAGACCUGUGGACGAGGGGUGAGGAGACGUGAAGUCCUGUGUAAAAGUUCUGCCGCGGUAGAGGACGCCCCUGAGAGCUUGUGUGCUAGCAGCCCGAGACCAGAAUCGCAGGAGGGCUGCGUCCUAGGACGAUGUCCCAAGAACAGUCGGCUCCAGUGGGUCGUCUCUUCGUGGAGUGAGUGUUCCGCUAGCUGUGGUUUGGGGGUAAGGAAGAGGGAAAUGAAAUGCAGCGAGAAGGCCUUCCAGGGCAAGCUGGUAACCCUCCCUGAGCGACGGUGCCGCAAUAUUAAGAAACCAAACCUGGACUUGGAAGAAACCUGCAACCGAGGGGCGUGUCCAGCCCGUCCAGUGUACAGUAUGGCAGCUGGGUGGUAUUCGUCGCCAUGGCAACAGUGCACGGUGACCUGUGGAGGAGGGGUCCAGACCCGAUCAGUCCACUGUGUUCAGCAGGGCCAGCCUUCCUCAAGUUGUCUGCUCCGGCAGAAACCUCCGGCGCUACGAGCCUGUAAUACAAACUUCUGUCCAGCUCCUGAAAAGAGAGAGGAUCCAUCCUGUGUAGAUUUCUUCGGCUGGUGUCAUCUUGUGCCUCAGCAUGGUGUCUGCAACCACAAAUUUUACGGCAAACAGUGCUGCAAGUCAUGCACAAGGAAGAGCUGAUCUUGACACCCUUCCAGCCCGGAAAGGGCCAGGGUCUUACCUCCCAACCUCCAGAGAGACCAGCCACGUUCCCAUCGAAAGCUGAACACUGCAAACCACGUGUGAGCUGACCGCAGUGUUGGAGGGGCCCGCUCUCAAGUACAGACAGGCUCCUUUUUCAGUUCCCCAAUGCACAUGGUACUCAGAAGCACUUGAAAAUGGGAAGCGAUGACAAAUCUGAUUUACAAAAACGUAAAACAGAAAGAGAACAGCUUUGAUUUGCACUGUUACACGCAAGAAGUGAUAACUUACAAUGAGAUGGAACAAAUUGUGACAAAGUGAGACUCUUGUUAACUUUGGGACAGACCCCCCCCCCUGUGAACCUCAGAGGGUUCCAUGACCAAGAUGUCAGUUGUGAAAAGGCCCUUUAAGACUUCAAGUCAAAGACUGAGACUUGGAGCAAUCAAAUGUGGACGGAACACACUGCCUAACUUCCUUGGAGCUCACAGUUUGACGCAACUGUGGACACCCCAAACCAGAAGUUACACAAACGCCAGAUGGUGCUCGUGACUGUGCUUGCUGCUGGACUAGCAAGCUUCAUGUCCUGUUUAUUUGGGUGUGUGUGUGUGUGUGUGUGUGUGUGUGUGUGUGUGUGUGUGUGUGUGUGUGUGUGUGUGUGUGUGUGUGUGUGUGUGUGUGUGUGUGUGUGUGUGUGUGUGUGUGUGUGUGUGUGUGUGUGUGUGUGUGUGUGUGUUGUUUUUUAUUAUUUUGUUUAAAGUAUAUUCUACUUAUAGACAGUCUCCGAGACUAAAAUUCACAACUUGAAAAGGAAUAUUCUGAAAACAGGGCAACGUGAACUAGUUAAGAUCGCCACUUAAUUGAAAUUCACACUCUGAAAAAAAGGAGAAAAAAAAAAACCCACAAAACACUGUUGCCCUACACACUCUAUCAACCUCAUAAUUUUUGGUGCUAGUCGAACAAGUACUCAGGAGCCUCAAGUCUGCUCUUUGGGAAUCACAAUUGGUGAGAUGUUCAUUUCUGGUAAAAAUCUAAGAGGAGCUAAACAGCAAAACAGCCCUGUUUUGAAGGAGAGGAAAACAUCAUUUAUAAUGCUCCCUACAUAUUAUCAGGGAUGCUUGGAAAAUUAAAGGCCGCUUGUGGUUUUUUUUCCCUACCAACUGACAUGUUUAAAUUUGCCCUAGGAUUUAGUUAACAAGAAAAAAGUCACAGUAGCAAUAGAAAAAUCCAUCUGUCUUCUUGCUAUGUGAAUAUUAAUAAGUCAUAAUAUGCCAAGACCCUUCAACGAAUAAGAAUGUUUUAUAAUCUUUCAGGUCAUAGUUUCAGUGUUCAGAAACCAGCUGUUGGUAGGCACUAAUGAGCUUAAAAUUGCGCUCAACUGGAAAAAUACCACAGUAUUUUGCCAAAACCAAAGUAACUUACGAGACUGUGUCCUUCUGUAAUUUUUUGAGAUGUGGUUAUUAAGGGCAUAUUUAUAUAAUUCUUCUCUAUUCCUCAAUGUCUUUGAUGAAUGUAACCCAAUUUUACUGCUUUAAAAAGUCUCAAUUCAAACAGGGAUUUGCCAGCUCAGCACAACCAACGAGACAGCGGUUUGUUAAAUUUAGAGCAUCCUUUGUUCCAUUCUAAUUAGAAUCAUGCAUUCUCAGAUCUCAGAGAAAUGAUGAUUAGAAUAUUCUCUCAAUCUCCUUGGCUUGGCCGAGAAUAAUGGCCAUUUUAUCAUAAAAAAAUAUAUAUAUAUCGUGCUACAUCACCACCCCCUUGCCCUCUGAAAACUUGCAAGUUGUUUCUUUAUAUAAUUAUCAUUUUAUUAUUUUAUGGAGAAUUAAUUUAUUAAUUAAUAGCCUAUUCAUAUGUGUUCUCACUUGCUUCGCUAAGUGAUAUUAAUUCUGAGGAAAAAUGUUGAAUAAAUAAACAUGGGUUAUAGAGAAAAGUCAAAAUAUAUGUGUAAUAUUUAAUUAUUUUAUAAGUUUUAUAAUAAAGUGUUCUGUUUCUUUGUCUUUGAAACUUGUUAAGUUCUUGAAUAAAUUAGUGAGAAGCCAGUGAUUACCAAGGUGAUAUAAGUGUACAAAUGUUGAUUAAGAAUCUCAGAGUAAUUUCUCAAAAAGUUGAGAAAUGGUUUGGGGUAAGAUAUUCAUUAAUCAUUUUUUUUGUUUGUGUAUGAGAAAAUUACAAACCGUCAAAUGCUGGAAUGAAAUACAUGACAUUUACCAUCUUGUGGAGAUACUGAAUUAUUUUUUUUCUACUCUUAAUAGUCAUGUAAUCAUUUAUUUAUGGAAAUCAUCCAAGUUAGAUAAGCCAUAAAUGUAGUUGCAUCUCUUUUUUUUUCUGCUUGAAAAUCUUUUUGCAGAAAGCAAGAGAGGGAAGGGAAAGGAGGGGGGAAAAAAAAAACUAAUAAAUUGAAAAGCAAAUUGCUCUCAGGUUUUUGAAAUUUUGAAUAUUCAGACCAGAGAAAAAUAAAACUAUCUGGGCAAAGUAAGUCCAAAUGACCUGAAUAAACAGUAUUUUUUUCCUACAUGUGUGAUUGAUAUAUAUAUAUAUAUAUAUAUAUACACACACACAUAUAUAUGUAUAAAACUUAUGCAUGCUAUUUUUAAAAUAUAUUUAAGAGGAUUUUUAAGUGAAUUAUUGCUAUUUGGCAGACAUAAUAAAAAUUAUGGUUAAUAAUGAA